AUGGGCAUCUGUGGUUUAGGAAUAUGUGAUAAUAUCCAUCUGUAUUCCAAUGUGAGAUAUCCAGACCGGAUAACACUCAUUAGGGGAAACCAUGAGAGCCGGCAGAUUACACAGGUAUAUGGAUUCUAUGAUGAGUGCCUACGUAAAUAUGGCUCUGUGAAUGUCUGGAGAUAUUGUACAGAUAUAUUCGAUUAUUUGAGUCUUUCAGCUCUCAUUGAGAACAGAAUUUUUAGUGUCCAUGGUGGUCUCUCUCCAGCAAUAUCAACUUUAGAUCAGAUCCGAACCAUUGAUCGAAAGCAGGAAGUGCCUCACGACGGUGCCAUGUGUGACCUCCUAUGGUCUGAUCCUGAAGAUAUUGUGGAUGGUUGGGGCUUGAGCCCGCGUGGUGCUGGUUUCCUUUUUGGCGGUAGUGUUGUCACUUCUUUCAACCAUUCAAACAACAUUGACUACAUAUGUCGCGCCCAUCAAUUGGUUAUGGAAGGGUAUAAGUGGAUGUUCAAUAACCAGAUAGUUACUGUCUGGUCGGCCCCGAAUUACUGUUAUAGAUGCGGCAAUGUAGCUGCUAUCCUUGAGCUGGAUGAGAAUCUCAAUAAGCAGUUCCGUGUAUUUGAUGCAGCACCACAGGAUUCAAGAGGAACUCCUGCGAAGAAACCUGCACCCGAUUAUUUUUUGUAGACGAAUUUUCAUAUUCUUACAGUUUAUCACACCCUUCAGGCUGGAACCGAUGAACAGGAUACACAGAGUCAGCAUGGUGAAGAUGGUCUGCUGUGAUGGUGAAAGGAUCAAUAGGUAGACUGCUCAAAGAUCUACUCCUGGAAUGAAAAAAGGAGAUCUGUACUUUAACCAUGUUUUAAUGAAUUUGGAGUCUUUGUUUGCCUACCAUCAUUUACCUUUUGUCCAUGUUUGCUUGUAAUAGUGACAUGUAUUGAAGGUGUUGCUAUGUGCCAUAUAGAAAAUUAAUCUUUUGU